AGUAUAAUGUUUUGCAUUCCUCGCCAGCCCGGCUUCAGACGGCAGCAAACAUGAGCCUUCGAGGAAAGCCGUGAGAAGGUUGCAUCGACCCAACCAAUUUUAAUUCAGUUGUGUGUCUAGUGGAAAGAAAAAACUAUUGCUGCCAAAACUGUGUUGUCUUCAUUCUGAAAACCAUGGCGAACUGCCUACGAAAGGUUUCCAUUCGAUACGUCGGAAGGAUUUUCACGAACAGACGGCCUCUUACAUCAGCUGAUUCGGAUCCAUCAAUCAGUGGAGUGACUGCAUUUGUCGGUACGCAGCAGACUUAUUUCCAUACAAAGGCAUUCUGUGGAAUACAGGAUAUUCAAGCGAAUGUAAUUAAACCUGUUAUCGGUAUUAAUCUUAGAUUUACUCAUCAAUACGCGAACUCGAAUUCUUUGCCGUCGGAAGACCGAUUUUCAACGAAUCAAUGUCAGCAAAAGUCGUCUCCUCGGAACCUCCAACCCUCCGAAGAACAGCUGCAACGGGUAUACGAUGUGCUGGCAAACACCUUACCUAAGCUUUUCAUACAACCGCUAGAUUACUCAAUCUACAACCCUAACUUAAUAUUCGAAAACAACAUUCGGGGAAUGCGAACCGAAGGAUUGUAUCACUAUGUGAAACAAGUUGCACUGCUACGAACGGUGGGGCAUUUAAAGUACGCUUACGUAGCGCUGGAGAUACUCAAGAUUACCAGACAUCCGGAAGAGCACACCGUCAAGGUGCGAUGGAGGAUAAAGGGUAUCAGUGGCCUUAAAGUGAUGUUCCAGUUCUGGAAGUACAAGAUCUGGAAGCUGAAGGAGAUUCUGCAGGACACGGAAACCUGGUAUGACGGAUUUUCGGUGUUCCAUGUCGGUCCAGAUGGGUUAAUUUAUAAGCAUGUAGCUGACAAGAUAAUGCCAGAUGAUGACAAGGUGGUGGUGCCCGCAAAGAAUGUAGUUUCGCCGAAAUUGGCUCUAUUUCUAGGUCUGACGGCGGAAAUUAGUCCGAUCGUGAGCUGCACCUGUUAAUUGUUCUAUUUAGUUACGGCAAUGGCACCUAGGGGUGGACCAUGCUUCUAGCAAAAUAAGUUAUUCAUUUCAAAAAAGCGUAAAAUAAAAGCACAGAAAUAGUGAGA